AUGGAAAAAUUGUUGAGUAUAUUUACACAAAAAGUCCAUCAAAGUUUUGUGGUUUAUUUUGCGUUGAUUUCUUUUCCGAGAAUUGUUCUUGACCGAAAUUUAUUGUCUUUGACUUUAUUUCGUUUUGUUGGGAGAGUGAAUUAUGUAUUAAAAUAUAUUAAUGGUGAAGUAGCCGAAAAGCUUUCACAAUCUACUGAAUGCAAUGAACAAACAAAAAAACCAAUGUUGCAUAAAUGCAAUGGGGUUGGUUGGAAACAACAUGGUUCGACAUUAAAGCAAGCUUCGUAA